AUGGAUCUCCCCGAAUUCACACCUCAAUUUAUUCAGCUACAGAACAAGCAUUUCCAUGAAAGCGAUGCUUAUCAUUCCUCAAUGUUCUGGGAGAAGGCUAUUCCCAGACUUGCUCGCCACACGAUAUCGGGCCAGGACCAAAAGGCUGUCACGGAUAGAUACCAAGCAAAGUGUGUCGAAUAUUAUGGAGAUACGGUGCACAAUAAUUACUUUAUGUACUGUUGGGAUAAAUCCAUCUCGAACUAUUUCUUUCCCGGUGAAACUUUUGUCGGAUCAGAUCCUGAUCCCAUCUAUUCGGAAGUCUUUGCGCAGUACUUCAAUGAGCAGGCGCAGGUCAGAGAUGAAAUGAACGAAUGUGGCGUUGAGGUCACAGAACAAGUUGAUGUCUUGACGAGCCUUAGCAAGGUUUAUAACAAUCAACUCCAGCUCGCACGUAGAUCCCCGAGAUAUUCGCCUGGCAAUGUUCCGAAGGGUACCAGCAGUUCACGUGGUCAGAGUAGCGCUCGAGGGACGAGUCCCCAAGGCAGUAUUCCUGAAUGUAUACCCGCGGAAGACUCUGAUGCCGAGUUGCCUAAGCGGAAGAGACGAAUGGAAAAGGCUACUACCAAGGCUUUGAGUGAGGGGCUAGAUCGUGAUUGGGUCAUAGUCAAGGACAUUCGAGAUGAUGAUUGGGUCUUGGUUGAAAGAGAACCAAGAUGA